CCCCGCUGGAUCCAAAGGUCUCCUGCUCCACCUGCAGCAGGUGGCAUCGUCCGUGGGGACCCCCAGGUAUGGGGACACAGGGGACAUGGGGGCUGGGGACCAAGGGAACGUGGGAAAGGGGGACCAAGGGGGCAGGGGGACCAGGGACUCAUGGGGACGAAGGGGACAUGGGGAGCUGGGACCAAGGGGACAAGGGGACUCAUGGGGACCAAGGACCAAGGGAACAUGGGGAGCUGGGACCAAGGGGACAUGGGGACUGGGGACUUAUGGGGACCAGGGACCAAGAGGACAUGGGGAGCUGGGACCAAGGAGCAAGUGGACAGGGGCAGCAGGGUCCCAGGGGACAGGAGGGCCAAGGGGACAUGGGGACAAAGGGGACAUGGGGACAAAGGGGACAGGGGGAACAAGAGGACAGGGAGACCAGGGUCCCUGGGGACAGGGGGACCAAGGGGACAUGGGAACCAGGGACAAAGGGGACCAGGGAGUCAUGGGGACCAGGGACCGUGGGGACAGGGGAACCAGGGACCAAGGGGACAGGGGGAUCAGGUUCUCAGGGGACAUGAGGACCUGGGGACCAGGGACCAAGGGGACAGGGGGACCAGGGACUCAUGGGGACCAGGGACCAAGGGGACCGGGGGACCAGGGUCCCUGGGGACAGGGGGACCAAGAGGACAUGGGGACAAGGGGACCAGGGAGUCAUGGGGACCAGGGACCAUGGGGACAGGGCAACCACGGGGACAGGGGGACCAGGGACCUUGGGGACCACGAACCAAGGGGACAGGGGGACCAGGGACCAAGGGGACAGGGGGACCAAGGACCACGGGGGGAGGAGCAGCAGAGUCCCAGGGAACAUGGGGACAGGGGGACCAAG